AUGCCGAACAUUCACAACUUUAUCCCAGACCCCGAUGGACCCUCGACGUUUGCGCCGAACAACCCUUUUCUUAUUGCUGGACGCGAUGCCUCACAUCAAACACCUGACAACGAUGAAGCAAGAACAGUGCUUCCUACUAUCGAGAACCAGGAAACUCGCGCCAGCAUGGAACACUCAAGCGUUCUCGAAUCCGAAAACCAGCGGGUGUUCUUCGAGGCAGACGAACAGUGGCGCACAAGACCCUCGGUCCGGAAAAGAAAAACUUGCGAACAACGUCGGCUGGAACUCUGCGUCGAGUUCGACGAAGCCAAGUUUGACGCUGCUAUCUAUGGCCAGCCCGAAGCCUCCAAGCCUCCCGCGGGUGUUACCAUUCCGGCAGACCCAAUAUACCACGGACCCGCCCCAGCCGCAGGAGAAGCGCCGAAGCCGUUCUACAUGCGAAUUGACCCUCGAAUUCACUGGCCUCACGACUUCUCGGACGAGUGGUACGCGCGCAAAAUUAAAGAGGUCCUCGCUCGCGGCGGGCGUAAGGCAAAUUUCGGGAAGGCGACUCAGCGGAUGCGUGAGCAGAGGAUUGCUGAGGAGCGCCUUGAGGCGCAGGAGGCUGCUGAAAAGGCUGCUGCUGAAAGAGAGGGAGAGGAGACUCCUUCUCACAAUCCACCUGUACCAUGGUCGCACCGGAGGCCGAUGGACUUUGGCGACGUGCCGGAGGACGAGCUGCCUAGCUACGUCCAGAAUAAUAAGGACUGGCUGCGCGCGGCGGCAUCUAUGCGAGAGAACCGCCAGCGGACUCUGCAAGCCAAUGCUCUACAAGCCGCCGGUAAGCCCUGGGAACAUCUGUUCUUGAAGGACAAGAACGGACGAUACAUCAAUCAGCAUAACGAAGCAGACGAGUGA